GUUUAACCGUUGUAAAAGAUACGUGUUCAUACUCACGUGAGCAAUCACACGCCGUACCAAAAUAAUCGUUGAAUGAUAUCACUGCAUAAUAUUAUAAAAGAGUAGUACAACCAUGAAGGGACAUGAAUGUUUAUGACUGACAUAUUUCAUACUGUCUUUUUUUUAAUUCUUAUAUCCCUUGUAAUACGCAAGAACAGAAAAUAAUCCACAGAAUUUCUUUAAAAUCUUGCUGAUAGCAUUCUCUGAUAUACUUUUUUUUUUUUUUUAAUUUUCCUUAUGUUUAUUUUUAAACAAAUCUUGUUACCUGGACCGUGUUUAAAAAAAGAGUUGUGGCUUUUGUGUAGCCUAUCUCUCUCCGUGAAAAACUCAAAGUGUUACAAAAAUCUGCAGAUUUCGGGGGCAUAUGAAAAAAAAAAAGAGAGUUCACACCAGAAGGGGUACAGCUUUUUUCUUCUUCUUUUGUUACAUGGCGCACAGACUAUCGAAUAUUUAUUUUUUCUAUCUUUCUCUUUUUCUUUCUCUCUCUUUCUUUUGUUUUAUACAAAACUCAUGCAAGUAAACAAGUUUUUCUUUGUUCUAACGAAAGAGAUGCAAUAUAAGCUCCGUUUAAAUAUUUUACGCCCGGAGAUGUGUGUGACUUUGGGAACUUUUUUUUUUGCUUUUUGUCCAGGCACAUUUUCGGAAUAUCCAAAUUAGAAUACCUUUUACUACUUGAAAAAAGACGUGUAAUAAUAGAAAGUUAUAAAAGAUGAAUUGAAUAUCUAUUUAGGUAAAUGUUGUCACUUUUUACUUUUGAUCUGGGUGUACGUAACCCAGGAAAAAAAGCCCCCUCUUCUCUUCUUGUUUGGGUUUUUUUUUUUUUGUUGUUGGUUCCCCGACCUCUUUUGUAUUUAACUUUCUUUUUUUUUGAUAACUUAUUCUCUCUCUCUUUU